AUGGAGCCAGAACUCUCGGAGCCUGGGCCGUCCAACCAGCAACCGCCGCGAAGCAGCCGUGACCAUCGCAACCUGCGCGCACCUACAAGGGAGGAAGAGAACGCCAUCCCGCUCCCCGAGCUGGUUCUGCCUCAGAUCGAAGGAGCGCGGCUAGCAGAAGAGGCGGGAAGGGGACUGAGGGAUGAAGAACAGUGGAGGAGAGAACAGGAGCAGGGCGCUGGUCUCUCGGAGGUUGCGGCACCAGUUCCUGUGGAAAGAACACCGUCGAGGAUCGGACCGUGGGAUAGCCUAGAGAGCGCCGUGUCCAGGGUUUCUGCUCGCUCGCCUGCGCCCGCUGGUGGUGAGUCGGCUGAGUACCCGACGUCGGAGUUCGCGACGAAGCUGUAUAUUAUUUCCUACCUGGUUUUCUUUUCGAUAUUCGGUGCUCUGGCUAGGAUUGGCCUUGAGGCACUGACGUUUUACGCCGGGGCGCCGGUGACGACGGGCGUACUGUGGGCCAAUGUUGGCGGGUGUUUGCUUAUGGGCUUUUUCGUCGAGGACAUUCCAGAAAAACAAAACGUUCAAGGCGCCGCUGUAUCGUCGCAGGUGGGACCUGAAGAAGCGAGUCCGGAAGAGGAUCGAAAAAUGCACAAGGCGAUUAAGAAGACCAUCCCGCUCUACGUUGGGCUAACGACGGGGUUUUGUGGCUCCUUUACGUCUUUCUCGUCCUUCAUGGCCGACACCUUUCUUGCCUUGUCGAACGAUCUCCCAAAUCCGAAUACAAGCUCCAUUCUACCGCGAAACGGAGGAUAUAGCUUCAUGGCCGUGGUUGCUAUCAUCUUAUAUACAGUAUCACUGAGCCUGUCCUCAUUGGCCUUUGGCGCGCAUCUUGCUCUUGUCCUGGACCGAUUUACACCCACCUUGCCAUUUCUUGUCACACGGAGAAUGCUUGACCGAGCCAUGGUCCUCCUUGGGUUUGGAUGUUGGCUGGGCGCUAUUUUCUUAGCUCUAUGGCCCCCUGACCGCCACCGAGGAAUCCAUGAGCAUUGGCGCGGGCGAGCCGUCUUUGCGACUGUAUUUGCGCCCCUUGGUUGCCUGCUGCGGUACUACGUUUCGUUGUUUCUCAAUGCACGAAUACCGUCGUUCCCGCUGGGUACAUUUGCCGUCAAUAUAUUUGGCACCAUGGUCCUCGGAAUGUGUUAUGACCUGAAACAUGCCAUACGGCUGCUGGCAAUACCAACCCCAGACUCGCCAUUUGGCGUUGGCCGUCUUACUAGCUGUCAAGUGCUGAAUGGCGUUGUUGAUGGCUUCUGUGGCUGUACCACAACUGUGAGUACUUGGGUUGUGGAGCUGUACACUCUAGAACUCCGACACGCAUAUCGUUAUGGUAUACUCACCAUUGCGCUGGCAUUGUCCUUAUUGGUAGUCAUCAUGGGCUCUAUGAGAUGGACUGUAGGGUUUGGAAUCCCAGUUUGCUUGAAUUACAGGUAA